AUGGCCGUUUGGUUCACAUCUAUUCUCGCAAUAGUUAUAACAUGUUUUACUCAGGUUCGGGGAUCAGGUGUGUUCGAGAUCGAUCUGCAUCACUUUGAUAAUUCCAAAGGUUCGCUGGCCAGUGGAAGAAGCUGCGGCGCGAGCGGCUGCAGGACUUUUUUCACGGUUUGUCUGAAGAAUUUCCAAACCGUGGUGUCUCCCGGAGCUUGUCUUUUUGCCAAGGCCAUUACACCUGUUUUGGGCACCGACUCGUUCAGCAUGCAGCCGGACACCAGGCUGCGGUUGCCGCUUAACUUCACUUGGCCGGGUGCCUUCUCACUGAUUAUUGAAGCUUGGCAUUCGUCUGCUGAAGAACCUGGAGAUACCACCAACCCUGAAUUGUUGAUUGGCUCUUUUGCCAUCCAAAGACAGGUGGGAAUAGGGAAUGAGUGGUCCCAGGAAGUGCAGAGCGGGACGCAGACGGAGCUAAGGUACUCAUACCGCUUCAUCUGCAAUGACAAUUACUACGGGGACACUUGUUCCAAAAUAUGCGCUGCCAGAGACGACGUUUUUGGCCACUACACCUGCAAGCCUGACGGGCAAAUAGCGUGUCUGCCAGGAUGGAAGGGACAAUACUGCCAAGAACCGAUCUGUCUUGAAGGCUGCAAUGAAAAUAAUGGAAACUGUACAAUACCUGGAGAAUGCAAAUGCAGAGAAGGCUGGCAGGGUGUCUUCUGUGAUGUGUGUAAACCGCAUCCAUCAUGUAAACACGGUACAUGCACGGAGCCGUGGGAGUGUGCCUGCAAGGAAGGCUGGGGCGGAAUACUUUGCGACCAAGAUCUGAACUACUGCACACACCACAAGCCAUGCGCCAACGGGGCCACGUGCAUGAACACGGGCCAAGGCAGCUACACCUGCGCCUGCUUGCCGGGCUUUACGGGGGUCAACUGCGACUCGGAUGUCAGGGUGUGUGACAGACGGCCCUGUCGCAACGGAGCCAACUGCUUAGAGACGGAGAAUGGAUAUAGGUGUGAAUGUCCACUAGGCUUUACCGGGACACACUGUGAACAACGGACGCUGACGUGCAUGGAUACGCCCUGCUUACUUGGCGGCAAGUGUAAAGAGACGGCGAACGGUCAUAGCUACGUGUGCGAGUGUCCAGCGGGCUACACUGGACUCAACUGUGAGAAGAAAUUGGAUAAAUGCACUUCCCUACAAUGCACUAAUGGUGGCCAUUGCAUGGUGCACGGCAACCUGCGUGUGUGCAAUUGCCGCGCCGGCUUCACAGGCCUGCGUUGUGAGAUCAACAUCAACGAGUGCGCCAGAAAUCCCUGCGCUAACGGCUCUACCUGCGUAGACCGCAUCAACGACUACACUUGUAUGUGCCCCCCCGGCUAUACCGGACGACACUGCGAUAGGCUGACAGAUCGCUGCGCCUCCUGGAUCUGCCUCAACGGUGGCACCUGCACUGUCGGCAGCGAAGGUCAGCCGUCCUGCCUCUGCCCCUCCCAUUACAGCGGUCCACAGUGCCAGUCCGCCCACGUGCCUUUGUCUACCGACCCCAAUAUGGGCUGGGAGUCCAACGAGAAGCUCAGCUGGGUGGCCAUCACCUUGGGCGUCGGCCUUGUGGCGUUUCUUGUGCUCUCCUGCAUGUUCAUUUUGGUCAUGAAGCAGUUGAAGAAGCAGAGAAACCAGCAGCAGAACUCUGAGACCAUGAACAACCUCACCAAAAGUGAUUUCCAGAAAGGCAACCUUAUAUCCACAUUAGAGCUCAAGAACACCAACAAAAAAAUGGACAUGGAGGUGGAUUGCUCCAGUGAGAAAUCCAACCACAAACACAUCAACCAAUUCCACAUGGACUAUAAAGCCUUCACGGGGUACAAAGAUGAACAAUGCCUCCUAGAUAAAGAUGAAAACUGUGAAAAGAUAGACGACAAAAAGCAUCUGAGUAGAAUGUACAGUGAAAGGCCAGAAUGCAAAAUAUCAACAAUAUGUUCUUCCAGAGAGUCCUUGUACCAGGCUGUCUUUGUGAUAGCAGAAGAAAAACAGGAAUGCAUUCUUGCUACUGAGGUGUAA